AUGAAGAAUAUACUAGAGGUUUAUAUAUUAUUGAUAUUAUUAUUUAUACUACGACCAACACAUUCAACAUUUGUUCAAUCUCAAAGUUGUAAUAUUAAUGAAGAUGACUUUCUAUUACAACCUUUCUUAAUAGAUGCAUCUUUAGAUGAACCAAAUCUGAAAUUGAAAUUCUUUAUAAAUACUCAAGUUGUAAGUUAUAACAACACCAAUAUAAACUCAUCACAAAUACUUAUAAAUGAUGUUAAUCCAUUAAGUAAUAAAUAUACAACCCUCCAUAUCGAAAUAGAUUUCAUGGGUAAAUUAUUCAUCUCAGAAAAUAAACGAUUCUGUGACAUGUUAGCUGUUAAGAAUACAACUUCCUUUAGAGAAGGUCCAAGAUUUAAUAAUACUCAAGUACAACUUCCUAAUACUCCCGACAGUGGUUCAUCUGCUGCUGCUACUAAUACUGCUGUGCCGACAGUUGUUUCUGCUCCAUUUAAUAGUUCUACUGUUGCAAAAAGAAGUUGGCAAUAUGUUGAUCGAGAAACAUUAGCACACGUAUUUAAUACCACAAGUCAAUUAAUUCAAUGUCCUUUAUAUUAUAAUGAUUCAAUUAUUUUAUAUUAUGAAGCAGAUAUUUCCGAUCAUAUUCAUCAUUUAGGUUCUUAUCAAGUACGAUUUUCAGUAGUAUCAAAUGAUGUCAUUUCAAAUGUUAUAGGAUGUAGUAAAACAUAUAUAACCCCAGUACAACCAGAAGUAAUAUCAGAUAUUAUUAAUUAUGGGGUUUUAAUUUUAAUAAUUGUAACUGCAAUUGUUAAUUUAUUCACAAUUUCUUAUUCUUGUUAUCAAGAAUCUUCCAAUCCAUUUUUAUUCCAUGCUUCAACCAUUUGUAAUGCAGAGUUAUUAAAACAAGUAGAUGCAACCGUACCUGGAAUUAUCAUGUAUUUACAAUUUGCAUUAUUUCUUGGUGGAUUAGAUAUAGAAUAUCCCGGGUUUUAUCAACCGAUAAUUGGACAAAUUAGAUGGUGUGCAUUAAUGGGUUAUUCUGUUUUAUCUCGUAAUAUCCCUCAAUCAACUAGUUCAAGAGAUAAUAUUUAUGUGACAAUAAAUUCAGGUGGACUUAAAAGUUUGACAGUUUAUAGUACUGAUGAAUCAAUAGUUGAUAGUUGGCCAAAUUUCAUAAUUUGUUUGAUUAUAAUUAUCAUGAUUGUUAUUGGAUUUGAACAAUUAUUUAUCUUUUUUAAAUUAUGUAUUGAUAGAUUGAUUAAACGAUAUAAUGCCAAAAAGGAAAGUUUAAUGAAUGAUGAAACCCUGGAAUUUAGUUUAAUUUCCAGAAAUAAUGGAUAUUUUAUCCUUGGACAAGUUUUCCAUUUAUAUUUAUUAAUUUUUGGAAUGCCAUUUUUGGUAUUAACUUCAUUCAUGUUCUUAUUAGCUGGUGAUGUUAAUGGUAAAAAGAAAUAUUUUCCUAAUUUAUCAACAUUAGCCAAUGAUGCAUUUUCAUUCACAACCUCCUAUGAUCAAUUAUUCCUCCCAGUAUUAGAAAAUAUAUCCGGACAAACCCCCGCCGCUGCCGCCGCUGCCGCUGGUGGAAUGAAUGUCGAUGAAGGAGUCUUGGUCAAUCAAACCAUCUCCAACCUAAAUUCAACAAUAAUUCACCCGGGAUAUCUCAGCAUCCCCUCAAUCACCAUCACAUUCGGAUCAUUAUUAUUCGCCCUCUGGAUAGGAUUAAUCCUAUUCUUCAUCUUCAACUACCUUGUUCUCCUAAAGGGGGCCCCAUCGAAAUUAUACACCUCCUUGAAAACUAUCCUACUCUGGGCAUUUUAUUAUAAUGAAUAUAAACCCCAACGAGUGGCAUUUGUGAUUUAUGAUAUCCUAACCCUAUUCAUAAAACUGUUAAUCAUUGGUCUUGUCCAAAACACGGGACUUGUUCAAGUUACAUUAUUAAUCAUAAUUACCAUUGUUGAUUUAUUAGCAUUAUUGGUGGUAAGACCCCAUUUUAUUGGGAUUACUUUAUGGAGUUCAAAAUGGAUGUUUCCCAUGGCGAGAUUUUUGAGUACGAUGUUGUGUAUUCCAUUUAUAAAAGGGUUAGGUAUUAGUGAGGCGGUGAGGACAUAUGUUGCCUAUGUGCAGUUGUUGAUACAUGCAAUAGUGGCGAUUAUCUUUUUGGUACAAUUGUUGUAUUGGUUUACGCGGACUUUGAUGAGUAUUUAUAGAACUCGACAGGAGGCAAGAGAGGAUGAAGAUGAGAAGAAGGCGUUGGGAGAGGAUGGGGAUGGUAAUGUGGAUGAUUUUCAACGGGAUUUUGAAUAUAGACCGAUUAUUUUACCGGAACCAAGACCCAUUAAUCGGGAUAGUAAAUUCAUUCAUAAUGAAGAACAAGAUGAUGAUGACGAAGAAGAAGAAGAGGAGGAUUUUUAUUAUAGAAAAAAGAGUGAACAAGUUCUCGCCAGAUUGGAAACCGCUCACACCACAUCCACAUCCGCUUCAAGUAUGAGUACCCCAUCCCCAAUCAUACUCCAACAACUCCCCCCACCACCACAACAACUAGUCCAACAACCCCCAGUCAGAGAAUCCACCUUGUCACCAGUUGAAGAACUUGAAGUGUCUUCAUUUCAUGAACAACAAAAGAUCUCCAACCUCCGGAAAAAACAUACCGAUUAUAAAGUUCGUGAAGGUGAUCGAAUCUUUGAGAAAUAUUUCAUGGAUGAAUUGAUGGAUCCGGAGAUUAAAGCACUUUGGGAUUCCCGGAAAUUGGAAUUCUCCAACAAUACUAAUGGCAAUGGCGAUUCACAACAACCGAGAUUGGUGUCUGGGGUGUUGAGAUUAAAGACGAAGGUGUUUAGGAUGUUGAGGAUUGAUGAAGAGAAUCAUAGAGAGAAGGGGUUUGAAGUAUGUCGACCAAAACAGUUGGUGGUUCGGACUUUGGAUGAAGCGAUGGGGAAGCAACAAGGGUAUGAUAAUCAACGAGGAGGAGGACAGCAACUGCUGCUGGAACAACGGAUGCAUCGAAAACGGAGAUCUCUGGCGCUGGAGAAACAUAGGAUGUCGGACGAUGAUGAUGAUGAUGAUGAGUCGAGGAUAUCUACCAUAAAAGAAUAA